AAAAUGAAACUGAUGAAUCUUUUGCCACUCUUUUGGUUUCUCCUUGUAGGCUUUCCUGUUGUGUUUGCACCAUGCGGGAAAACAGGUUUCUUUAAACCAAAUCAGCAGUAUGACAAGAACCGUCGCCUUCUCCUCUCUUCUCUCCCCUCUAAUGUCUCAGCUCGAGGCGGCUUCUACAAUGCUUCGGUUGGACAAGGACCCGAUAGGGUGUAUGCAGUGGGGAUGUGUAUCCAAGGUGCUGAACCAAAGGUUUGUUCAAACUGUAUCGACCUUGCAUCUAAUGAGGUGAUUGAGACAUGUCCCAACCAGACAGAAGGCCUCGUUUGGCCUGAAAAUGGGAUUCUUUGUAUGGUACGUUACUCCAACCGUUCAUUUUUUGGAUCACUUGAGAUAAUACCAAGGUAUAUCCUGUACAACACUGAACCAAUUAGAUCCAAUAUUACAAUGUUUGAUGGAUUGUGGGAGAGCUUAACAAGUCGUAUGAUAGCUAGAGCUACUUCAUCAUCAUCUGAACGCAAGUACUACGCUGCUGAAGCAGUUCCGUUGACGUCCGUUCAGAACAUAUACGCAUUAAUGCAAUGCACUCCGAUCAUAUCUUUAAGGGAUUGCAACAUCUGCUUAAAUCAAAGUGUCAGAGACUAUAAAAAAUGUUGCCAUGGGUAUCAAGGUGGCAUUGUUUUUCGUACCAGCUGCGUUUUUAGGUGGGAUUUGUAUCCCUUUUCUCAGGCUUUCAACCUUACUUUCGCACCUCCACCUCAACCCCCUAAUUCUCUCUUACCUCCACAAAAACAGAGGAAAAACAGAACACAAAGAGGUGACGACUCAAUAUCAGCAGGAAUCAUCGUGGCAAUUGUUGUUCCCAUCGUCAUCAUCUUCUUUGUACUACUUGCUCUAGCAUUUUUUAUUUGCAAGAGGAGAAGGUCAGACCAAGCUCUAACUCGCCAAGAAUAUACUCUUGACAUCACAGAGACAAACUCACUGCAAUUCGAUUUCAAGACCAUUGAAGCUGCAACAGAUCAAUUCUCAGAGAAAAAUGUAAUUGGUGAAGGUGGAUUUGGAGAAGUUUUCAAGGCUGUUCUAAAUGGGACGGAAGUUGCUAUUAAGAGGCUGUCAAAAGCCUCAGGACAAGGUGCAAGAGAGUUCAAGAAUGAGGCUGUUCUGGUGGCAAAGCUUCAGCAUAGAAAUUUAGUUAGGCUUCUUGGAUUUUGUGUUGAAGGAGAAGAAAAGAUACUUAUUUAUGAGUUUGUGGCAAACAAAAGCCUUAAUUACUUCCUCUUUGACCUUUCAAAACAUAAACAAUUGGAUUGGACAACACGAUACAAGAUCAUCGAGGGGAUUGCUCGAGGAAUACUUUACCUUCAUCAAGACUCACGGCUCACAAUCAUACACCGUGACCUCAAAGCAAGUAACAUUCUCUUAGAUGCUGAUAUGAACCCAAAGAUUGCAGAUUUUGGAAUGGCAAGGAUUAUGGGAAUGGACCAAACUCAGUGUGAUACUAGCAGGAUUGUUGGAACAUAUGGUUACAUGGCUCCUGAGUAUGCUAUGCAUGGCCAUUUCUCGAUGAAAUCAGAUGUCUAUAGCUUUGGAGUCAUAGUUCUUGAAAUUAUAAGCGGGAAGAGGAAUAGCAGCUUUUUUCAGCCGGACGGUAAUACUAGCAGCUUGGUCGCACAUGCCUGGGAACUCUGGAGAAAUGGGUCACCAUUAGAAAUCAUUGAUCCGUCUAUUGAGGAGAGCUAUCAGAGUAACGAAGUUAUAAGAUGCAUCCAUAUCGCGUUGUUAUGUGUUCAGAAAGAUCAUGCAGAUCGCCCGGGAAUGAGUACAGUCAUGAUGAUGCUCACCAGUAACACAAUCACUUUACCAGUCCCUAGAGAACCUGGAUUUUUCUUCAAAAGUGAAAACAAUCCAGAUUGUUCUUUCGUUUGGUCAGUCGAUGAUGCUUCGAUCACUCAUUUAGAACCUCGUUGAAGAACCAACAUCUCCAUCUUAUAUGUAUCCAAGUUCGAGGCAAAUGUUACGUUGG